ACGGCCUAUAAAUAGAACGCCACUUGUUUCUUCAUUCACAAGCAAUCCCAAAGAGAAAACCCUCUCUUAUUAAUUACUCUAUAUCUUGCCAUUUUAGUUUCAAACAAAGCAUCUUGCUCCCCGAAUAUAUCAACAUGGACAAGCUUGUCUUGAACUGUUCCAUAGCUCCCAUGAUUCUGAUGAUGUACUCUUUCGUCCUUCUGCAUGGUACCGAAGCAUCCAUCGUAUCAUGCCUCCAUACUCCAUACCCUCUUGUGUGCAACCACUACAUGACCACCGAUACACUCUCAACUUUAUCUUCUUCUUCUUCCUUCCAUGAUAUGGCUCUCAAGGUCACUCUUGACCAAGCCAUUGAAGCUCACAAGCUUGUCUAUGCCAUGAAACUCGACAGUCACUUCACAGACAAGCGAGCCAAGUUGGCCUGGACAGAUUGCCUAGAGCUCUAUGAAGACACCGUUUUCCAGCUGAACCGCUCCGUUGCGAGCUCAAGGAUUUUAACGAUAGGGCUCACCUGGUUAAGUGCCUCCAUUGCCAACCAAACUUGCCAAAAUGGCUUCCUUGACUUCAACCUUGACGCACACCUCAACGUCCUCCCAGAUAUGCUCACUAACUUGUCCAAGUUGAUCAGCAAUUCCUUAGCCAUUACCAGUGCCAUGUCCACGUCGUCGUCGUCGUCGUUAUCAAAAGAACAAAUUAAUAGUCGAGGGAGAAAGUUGUUGUUCGAGGGAUUCCCCGAGUGGGUUUCGAGCUCGGAUAGGAGGCUUCUUGCUGUGGCGGAGGCUGAUGUUGUGGUGGCGAAGGACGGGAGUGGGGACUAUAAGACGAUAACGGAGGGCGUGGAGGCGGCGAGUAAGUUGAGCGGCGGCGGAGGGAGGAGAGUGGUGGUGCACGUAAAGGGGGGUGUGUAUGAAGAGAACGUAGUGAUAAAGAGGACAAUGAAGAACCUGAUGAUCGUGGGAGAUGGGAUUGGUGUUACCGUCGUUUCGGCUAACAAGGAUGCUCAAGAAACCACCACUUUUCGUUCCGCUACUUUUGCUGUUUCUGGAGACAACUUCAUCGCCCGAGAUAUAACCUUCGAGAACACCGCCGGGCCUGGGAAGCACCAGGCGGUGGUUCGCUCCGGCGCCGACCACUCAGUGUUCUACCGGUGCAGCUUCAAGGGCUACCAAGACACCUUAUACGUCUACUCACAGCGCCAAUUCUACCGUAACUGCGAUAUCUAUGGCACCGUGGACUUCAUCUUCGGCGACGCCGUUGCUAUCCUCCAGAACUGCAACAUCUACGUGAGGAGGCCAAUGAGCAACCAGCAGAACACAGUGACGGCACAGGGGAGAUCCGACCCAAACGAGAACACCGGCAUUAUUCUCCACGGCUGCAGCGUGAUUGCGUCAUCGGAGAAGCCGGUGCAGAGCUCGUUCAAGAUUCUAGGAAGGCCGUGGAAGGAAUACUCGAGGACGGUGGUCAUGAAGAGCAGCCUGGACGGCGGGUGUGAGGUGAUAGACCCGGCGGGGUGGAUGCCGUGGAGCGGGAGCUUCGCCCUGAAGACUCUAUAUUACGGUGAAUAUAUGAAUACUGGAGGCGGAGCCGCCAGGCGGAGGGUGAAAUGGCCAGGGUUUCAUGUGAUCACGAGUCCCACGGAGGCCGGAAAGUUCACAGUGGGGAAUUUUCUGGCUGGUGAGUCGUGGAUUGCCGGCACCGGUGUACCGUUCGAAGCAGGGUUAUGAGGGAGAAGAUGGAAGCAGUUGUGGUGGAGGAGGGCAUGGUCCUUGGUGGGUUAUUAUUAGAAAAAGAGAAGAGGAAGAAAGGAUAGUGACUGUGCGUGGACCUGUGAAGAUAAGAAAGGAGGGAAAUUGUCACGUAGUUAUGUUACGAUUUAUGACUGUUGUGAUGUUGGGGUUCGUUGAAAUGUACAUAGACGGUUCAGGAGGGUGCUGAACUUUCUUUGUGUUUCUUCGUGUCUUUAUUGUGUACGGACUACGGAGGGAGUGUUAAUUUGUCAAACCACAUGGGAGAAAGAUUUAUACAUGACAGGAAAAUGUAUCGUAAACUUGUAAUAUAAGUUAUUUUUUGGGGAAAAGUAAUCCUUGAAUGUGAAUCAAGUUGUAGAGAAAUAU